UACGCUUCACUUUGGAGACUUGGGAGGCUGAGAUCAGGCUUCCCUUCACAGGACUCCCAAACGCAGAGCUCCCCAAGAGAACCAGACAGGAUCUAUCCCUAGAUGCUGACAGACCUGCGUGGAAGGUUCUCACACUGCUAGUGUGGGUGUGCUAGGCCCCAGGAUGCCCCAGGGGGAAUAGAAGUCCAACCCUUGAAGCCUCAGCUGUGGGGACUACCUUCCCAUUCUCCUGCUCCACCAUGGGGCCCCUGUUGGCUGGACUCUGUGUUUGGGCGGCUCUAGGGUGGGUGGGGGGUUUGGACCCCUCCACAGGUCCUGCAGCUCCCCUGGGUCCUGCUGAACAGGAGCAGGGACAUUAUCUGGCACAGCUGUUUGGCUUAUAUGGAGAGAAUGGAACCCUGAGUAUCAGUGGCCUUGCCAGGCUCCUUCAUAGCCUAGGCCUGGGUCGGGUUCAGGGACUUCGACUGGGACACUCGGGCCCCACAGGGGGUAGGGCUGGCCCCCCCCCUGGGGACAAUUCCACACACAGGCCAGUGGCCCCUGGACUGAGUGUGGAUGUCUGGACAGGACUACCCCUGGGAUCCUCAGAAUGGAGGGAUCCAGAGAAGCCAGUGGCCUCCCACUUGCCCCAGGGGCCACCAUCUCCUAGUCUCGGCCUCUUUCACAGGCUGCUGCUGCUGGACCAUUCACUGUCUGACCAUCUCAAUGAGGAUUGUCUGAAUGGCUCCCAGCUUCUCGUCAAUUUUGGCUUAAGCCCAGCCACUCCACUGACUCCCCGUCAGUUUGCCCUUCUGUGUCCAGCCCUGCUCUACCAGAUCGACAGCCGAGUCUGCAUCCAGACCCCAGAUCCUGCCCCUCAAGGAGACUUACUGUCAGCCCUGGCCCAUAGUGCUCUGGCUGUCCUGGUGCUCAGCGCUCUGGCUCCCUUCUCCAUACUACUGUUACGACUCCUGGGGUCCUGGCUGCUGCAUCCUCUGCUGGGCUUCUUGGGGGCACUGGCUGUGGGCACACUUUGUGGAGAUGCUCUGCUGCACCUGCUGCCACACGCUCAGGGCGGACGUCACGGGGGGGACUUAGGCCCUGGAUUGGCUGUUCUGGGAGGCCUCUUUCUCCUCUUUGUCUUGGAGAAUCUACUUGGGAUUUUUCGGCAUGGUGGGCUACAAUCGAGAUGCUGUAAGCAAACAAGAAGAGAUCCUGGGAUUCAGGACCUAGAAAAUGGCGGGGGAGCAACUCUUCAGCCCCUGAGGGAAGGCCCAGAUGCUGUGACUGAAGGACCACAGGAGCUGGGUAGUCAACUUUCCCCAGGCCCACUCCCACUACGACUUCAAGGUCAUGGACACAGCCAUGGGCACCCAAGCCAUGGGAAUGCUCAAGUCACAUGGAUGGUCCUGCUGGGAGAUGGACUUCACAACUUCACUGAUGGGCUUGCCAUUGGAGCUGCCUUCUCUGAGGGUUUUUCCAGUGGUAUCAGCACUACCCUGGCUGUCCUCUGCCAUGAGCUUCCCCAUGAAUUGGGUGAUUUUGCUAUGCUACUCCAGGCUGGGCUACCCUACAAAAGGCUUUUGCUGUUAAGCUUGGUGUCAGGGGCCCUGGGACUGUGUGGCGCAGCCCUCGGAGUGGGUCUCAGCCAGGGCCCUGCCCCAUUCACUCCCUGGGUUUUCGGGAUCACUGCUGGGGUCUUCCUUUAUGUGUCACUUGUGGAUAUGCUACCUACCCUGCUUCAUCCCCCAGACCCCCUGCCUACAUCCCACAUCCUGCUGCAGGGGCUGGGACUGCUGCUGGGGGGAUGCCUCAUGCUGACUAUUGCCCUGUUUGAGGAGCAGCUGGUUCCCUUGCCCUUAGAUGGCUGAAAUG